GUGGUGCUUCGCGAACACAAAUUGAACGAUCGGCAAAAGAAAACAAUUGCAUCCUACAUGCUCUGUUUUAAGUAAAAAGCAUAAAACAGAACAUUUCAACUGGAACUGACGCUGCGAAGAAAAAUAAGUCAACGGCAUCAUGGAUCAGGACUAUGAGUUCAGGCUGCUCAGGCAGAUCAACAUCCAAAAUGAGAACGCAAGCCCCAUAAAGGCUGUAGGAGCUGCUCGAGCUCUGACACCCACCAGCUCCCCCCUGUCCUCCCCUAGCAAGCACGGUGAUCGCUUCAUUCCCUCCCGGGCUGGAGCCAACUGGAGUGUCAAUUUCCACCGCAUCAAUGAAAUUGAAAAGUCGCACAAUCAAAACAGGAAAACCAAAGAUGGCACGACAGACAGCAACAAAGCGGAUGGUCUGGCUUACUCGGCUCUGCUCAAGAACGAGCUGCUAGGAGCGGGUAUCGAAAAAGUCCAGGACCCACAGUCAGAGGACCGCCGUCUGCAGCCAUCCACCCCUGCCAAGAGGAGCCUUUUUAGUUACUCUGUGAGUGCGAAGAGGGCUCUGCCAGAAGAGGAUGGAAACACAGUAUCUCCAUAUUCUCUAUCACCUGUUAGUAGUAAUAGCCAGAAACUGCUACGGUCGCCAAGGAAACCUACACGUAAAAUAUCCAAAAUUCCAUUCAAAGUUCUGGAUGCUCCAGAGCUACAGGAUGACUUCUACCUCAACUUAGUGGACUGGUCCUCUCUGAAUGUGCUCAGUGUUGGACUGGGAACCUGCGUUUACCUGUGGAGUGCCUGCACCAGCCAGGUGACACGUCUAUGCGACCUUUCUGUAGAAGGAGAUUCAGUAACAUCAGUGGGCUGGUCAGAGAGGGGGAACCUGGUGGCAGUGGGGACUCACAAAGGCUAUGUACAGAUCUGGGAUGCAGCAGCAGGGAAGAAGCUGUCUGUACUAGAAGGACACACAGCGAGAGUGGGUGCGUUGGCAUGGAAUGCGGACCAGCUGUCGUCUGGGAGCCGUGAUCGGGUGAUCCUGCAACGGGACAUUAGAGCCCCGCCUCUCCAGUCUGAGCGGCGUCUCCAAGGACACAGACAAGAAGUCUGCGGGCUCAAGUGGAGCACAGACCAUCAGCUGCUAGCCUCCGGGGGAAAUGAUAACAAGCUGCUGGUGUGGAACCACUCAAGCGUCCUCCCGGUGCAGCAGUACACAGAGCACUUGGCUGCAGUGAAGGCCAUCGCCUGGUCUCCCCACCAGCACGGCCUGCUGGCCUCUGGAGGCGGCACCGCCGACCGCUGCAUCCGCUUUUGGAACACUUUGACGGGCCAGCCGCUGCAGUGCACCGACACCGGUUCUCAAGUCUGCAACUUGGCCUGGUCCAAGCACACUAAUGAACUGGUCAGCACUCACGGUUAUUCCCAGAACCAGAUCCUGGUGUGGAAGUAUCCCUCCCUAACUCAAGUGGCCAAACUUACAGGACAUUCCUACAGAGUACUCUACCUGGCCAUGUCACCUGACGGCGAGGCCAUUGUGACGGGAGCUGGAGAUGAAACACUUCGCUUCUGGAACGUCUUUAGCAAAAUGAGAUCCACAAAGGAAUCUGUGUCAGUGCUAAACCUCUUCACAAGAAUCCGAUAGUAAGCACACCUCUGUGCUACGAGGGAAAUAAAGCUGGGAAGGGAAUUUAUCUUUGCAUGUAUCAAGCUGUAAAUGGGCCCCUUCUUGGAGUAUUCACCUCAGUAGUCAACGGAGGCCCCCACCCUCAAUUGCCCUUAGUUUAUAUAGCCAAGUUGUAGCUGGAGGUUGGAGGAGCAGGAGAGAUUCACAGCCUGAGUGUCGAGGGCAGAGGACAUGCAUACAGCACAUACAGUAUUCCACCUCCUCCUGAGUAACGAUGGAGCCACUGCCUCCUCUAACAGACCAGAAAUCUCUGAUGAUGAGGAGAAUUUUGGGGCGUUAUUUCCCCAUGUGAUUAUGUUUUGUUUACAGACUGACAUUGUGCAUACCUGCCAAAUAUUGAGUUUGUCCUUUUGAUUGUCUAUUUAUUUUAUUUAGUUUUUUUUUUUGUUUUUUUUUUUUACACAUUUUUAACACAUAUUCUUACUAGUGUGUUUGUUUCAAAGGCUGGUAGAUUUCCUUUUAUGUGAGCAACUGCAGUUUUUGGUCUGAUCUGUGGAGUGUUUGUGGAGGCUUUGUAUAGGUUUGCAGAUAAAAACCAAGCUUGUCUUUUUGUAUUUUACUGAAAGGCUGUAAUGCUUCAUGUACACUGAUAACAAAUUGAUAACCUGUGCCAUUUCAAGAACUGUUAAUGGUUAACAAGGAUUAGAUGAAUGGGCCUUAUCCUCCUUUUUUAUAUUUGACAUUAAGUUAAUUUUACUCUAACAACAUUAAGCAGUAUUGGCAAACAUCAUUUCUCAAAAAAAGUCUAUACAUCUUAGAAGAAAAUAACAGUUUGGUAACAACUGUAUAUUAGAACAACUGCUUACAGAAAUAAUUCACAUUAAAAUAAGAAUAUUUUCACUUAUCUUGUUUCCCUACUUUCUUAAAUAGAAAACCAGGCAAGGAAAAUUAAAAAAACACUUUAGUUUAUCAGUGUAGUUUGUAACAGUAACUAAAGCGCACAGUGAAAACAUUUGGGAUUAAAUCAGACAAUGUGAUGCUGUUCUGUGCAGAUCUUCUGCUUUGUGCUGCAUCUGCUAAGAUAUUCAAGCUUGAGGCACUUGUCUUUUGCUUCUUCAGACCAUUUCUGUGUUGAGCAGUAAUGUUAUUGUAUUUUUUUUAUCUAAAAAAAAGAUUUAAUAUCAUCUGCAACAUUUUCUCUCAGUUUUGAAUUUUUUUUUUCCUGUUUGAAUGUUUGAGUCUGCUAGCGUGCCACAUUUAAAUGAAUGCUAUUUAUUUGUGUUGUGAAGGUUUCUCGUACAGAGGUGAGGUGUUUGUUUACUAAUCUUAUCUGAGGGAAGCUGAUGGACAGUUUCACUCCUAAACUCUGUGGAAAAUUCUUUUAAUGCCACUUCAAAAUCAAGACAAUGCUGCCAACUUGAAUUACAGAAGGAAUGUUAAAAAGAAAAAUAUUUCUGUACCAAGAGAUAAUCAACAAUUAAAUGACCAUAUCUUGUU